AUGAACACACCUGAAGCCACCAGGGCACGACUUCUUGACUGUGUGCAGCAAACAAUUACCAGAGGUGUUUAUAACCUGAACUUCAAAAAUGGCGCUUUCAAAUCUCUUAUUUCCCAAAGCAUGCCACCCGCCCAAUCACUCACAAUUCUGUCAAAAUCGGUUCUCACAACUGAAAUAGAGAUGGAAAUUUGUUUCAUCAUGAGGGGAGCAGCACUCGAAUUGUCAGAAGGGACAUUUAGGAUGGACGAUCUCAUGUUGUUCCUCAAUGUUGCCGAGGCCCUCAACAAUGCUUUCACUGAAGAUGCGAGGAGCAGAGGAAUGUAUGUCGCUGACCCCAUAAUGCAAAUUAUUGGGGAGAAUGGUGAAGUUACGGAGACGAUGAGUUUCUCAUAUGACGGAAAAGUCACCAAGACGAGCGGUGGUGUUCCUGGCUUACCACCAGAUGCUCCUGUUGGAUACUCUUCGUGGGGGAUGCGCGAACUUGAAAAAUUCUCCAAGGCCAGGAAAAAUUUAGGCGGUAAGAAGACUUCUGGAAAAGGUGACAAGAGGGGUAGACAAAAGGGGACGGAGAAGGUGCAGCCGGGAACGGAUGGGGUCGUUGGAGAUGCCAGUAAGGCGCCUGAGAAGAAGACUAAGAAAGAUACUUCUGAAUUCGGUGGUGGCUUCAGCAAAAAUCUUCGGGGAGCUUUCAUUUGA